AUGAAUAGAGUACGUUUGGUGUCGUUCAGCUUUGGUGAGCCAUGCCUGAAGCAAUAGAGGCGAGACUCUUGAAACAAGAUUUGCAGCCCAGAGAUCGGAAGCGCGUUCAAGAUGCUGUCAAUACAUAUUACAACCUUCAUGUGAAAUUCAAUAAGGACAAAUCCUUGACAGAAGAAGAGAAGUGGACAAUAUUUGCCAAGAUUUUGAAGACUAAAUUGGAUCAACAUUUGGGGGCGGAUUGGCAUGUUGCGAUUGGCAAUGCUAUGGGCUAUGCAUGCAAAGUUCGUCAGAAGGCCAUGGGUGUUUGGAAGUUUGGGGAUGGCUGUGUCGUGCUCAUUUGGAAAUCUCCUGGGAUCGAGCCGGCUCCAGAAACUGACGCAGACAAUGUGACUGAGAAGGUGGAAGCUCCAAAGUCAAAACCCUUGAAAGCAAAGGUUAUUUUUCAGAGUGAGGAGGUGUCGGAGAUCAUUGAUGCUGUUCGUGAAGAGCUUCCUACUUUAGGGAAGGACCUGAAGGAUGAACAAGUGGUAGCCACAGCAGUGCGAAAGCGACUCACAGCAAAAUUUGGCACGAUAUGGCACGUACUCACAGGAUCAAAAUUCGUUGUCGAAGUGGCCACAAACUCUCGCAAUCACUUUUGCAUAGAGGUCGGUGGCAUGCGGCUUGUUGGCUUUCAACAUGAACAGCUCAACACCGGGCUGCUCUCAUCGCUGGAUUUUACGAGGUUGCUGACAACAUUGCCAUAUCUUCUGAUGACACUGUUGUGCUUUGCUUACAUGGGGCUCUCUUCACUUUGCAAGGAUGGCGUGGCAGUGCAACAAGGAUCCUGGAUGGGCCAUUUGCGUGAACAAUUAUGCCACGAGAAUUGGGAGAUGUCAUUGCGAACCCUUGGCGUCAUUGUCAUUGUGUCAGCUUUCUGCACGAGAACCCUCCCUCGUUUCUUGCCGAAGUCUUAGCCAGUUUUGAAUUCCAUGCGAGAUGGGGCCCAGCAGACGCUACUCCGCUACUCCUUGUGACGAAAAA